CGAAACACAGAUACACUGUUAAUGUUUGAUAGCAUAAGACGACUGCAAUUGUUUAUUCGAUUUUAUUUCAAUAUUUUGUUUGAAUGUUUUUGUGAAGGAUAAUAAUUGAUUUUCGUGUCCCAAUCCUCGCAAAUGUCAGUUCAUGUGUUUGUGACCAUGUGAACGGUAAUAUUUUGCAAAAGUAUUUUCCAUUCACACGAAACAUGAUUACCGUUGCCGAUUCGAUUGGCAUCAAACUUUUAUCGCCCGAUUGUCUACUGACCGGUGUUGGUAAUGAGUUGCAUCAGUACUAUUUGGAUUCUAGUAACCAGACGGUGCAUCGGCAAAUCAGCCUAAAUUUUCGAAGCAAAAUCUAUGGCAUUUCAUCGUUUGACGAGCACAAUGAAUCGGACUCUCAAUAUGUAGUGGUCCAUGGAGGACGAGAAGUGGCCAUUUUUAUUCUUAGUAUCGACAAGCAUUUGAAAUUAGUUACGCAUUUAACACUCAGUGACUGGAUUAGCUCAAUCAAAGUCUAUAAACCAAUAUCAAGCGAAGAAGUUUCAUUUUGUGUUCUAUCAGCGCAUAGCGUGGCCAGCAAAUUGAAUGUGAAUAUAAAUGGCAAGUGGCGUAUUGAGCACAAGGCUUCAUGCACCGACAAAUGUACGCUAUACUGUUCGUUUAUCAUCGGAAAUGACUGGGCUGAAACGACAAUAUUCGGCGGAACGGCAUUUGGUGAAUUGAUCAUUUGGAACGCUAGUGGAAGUGGUUUGCAAAGAGAAGUUCUUCAUCGGCUGUCAGGCCACAAUGGCGUCAUUUUCUCCAUCAACUGUUCUUUGGCGAACAAUCUCAUCACAACAACAUCGGAUGACCGAUCUGUAAAAGUUUGGAAAUUGCAAUUCCCACCAGAUGCACCAAGAGAUUGGCGUGUUUGUUCAAUUGAGCCGACAAAGUCAAUGUUCGGUCACACUGCGCGUAUAUUCAGCCAUAAAAUCAUUGAGUACAACGGAAAAGUCUAUAUUAUAUCGGUGGGUGAAGAUAGUAAUGUGUGUGUUUGGUCUCCGGAUGGUCACCUGAUAAGUCGACAGCCGAUGACGUCUUCAGUUUCGCUAUGGAAUUUAGACUACGAUUCAACCAGACAGUAUUUGUUUGCCUGUGGAAAUGAUGGCAAUGUGCAUCAGUCGUGCUUGCAGGAUAUUUUGAAUGGAACACAGUAUUUGUGUGAAAAUAUCGAAAUCCAGUACUUCGGGGAUGGCGAAUAUGUCGAUAAGCUUGUAAUCAUGGAAGGCAAUGGCAUUGUUGUCAUGUUAACAAACAAACGAAAAUUAUUUUAUGGCAAAGUAGAAGAUACAAUAUCUCAAAUUGUAUGGAAGCCUUUGCCAGAUGCGGAAAUUGGCUACAAAAUAACUGUAUUGGAAACAUAUGAGUCAUUGGUAGCCACCGCUGGCUAUGCGUUUGUGACAAUGUACCAAUUUAAAAAUGGUCAAUUCAACAAAGUCUACCACGAUCAAUUGGCAAAAGCAUCAGCUGAUAGCUCACCAUUGUUGCGUUCACUGCAAUUUCUCACUGAAAUGGAGUUUGUGAUUUGUGAUGCUCGCGGCAAUGGAUCACUUAUAUUAAUCGAUGAAACGUUCAACGUGAUUAAAAACCAACCGUUCCAAAUGCCACCGAGCAAAGAACGAUGGAUCACAGUGGCAGCUCGAUUCGAAAGCUAUUUAGUAAUUGGAGAUCGAUUUGGCAAUAUGCACUUGUAUAUCGAAAUCGCCGAUACUUUAAACUUGAAACACACACUUUGGCAUGUGCAUGGGAAUUUAGGUUGCAAAACAAUCUUCCGAACUACAAUGGAAAAUCCACUUCAAUUCAAGUGUGCGGGUCAUCAGAGCCGAGUGAAAAAGAUUGCAAUCAAUGCGACGACUCAAGAAUUGGAACUAAUAUCCACACACGAUAUCCCAAUAAAAUGGUGUGAAAAAUCGCUGCAUAUUGAUAAGCACCGUAACAUACUAUUGGCUGGAUUCAAUGAACGUCAUUUCAUCGCCUGGCGCAUUGACAAUAGCUAUCGCUUUGAGUUCGAAUGUGGCGGUGGUCAUCGUGCCUGGGCACUCUACAUUGACCGACGAACAUCAAAAGUAUACUUAUUUUUCAUUCGAAGUAAAUUGAUGAACUGUGUUCAAUUUUAUCUGCACGACAGCACAUUGCAACCGUUCACCAUUCCGAAGAAUAAUUGGCAUUCGCGACCUUGUAACACAAUGCGCAUCAUUCAAUUGAUCAGUGAACGACAUUUAAUCGUUUCCGGCGGUGAUGAUAAUCUGUUGAAAUUCAGUGAAAUUAACACGAUCAAACCGAAUAAUGUGCUGCGACAUCAUUUCGAUAUGGUUGUGCACAUUUCGAAUAUUAGAUCAAUUUUUUCACUUCGACUGGCGACAACAGAUGAAUCAAGUGAUAAGAAAAAAUGGCUGAUUUUUUCGGCCGGUGGCCGGGCACAAAUUUGCGUGACGGAAAUUCAAAUAGAUCAACAACAAAAUCUGCAAUUUCAUGAAAUCUGCGAUUUUAUGCUGAGGUCUAGUGAUUUGGAUCGCAAACGUAAUAAACAAACACAAAUUAUUUAUUUUGAUCCAGAAACACGAUUCAUGAGUUUGGUGGCUUAUUUUGGAAAAAAUGAUAUCAACCUGGUGGGUGGAUGCUCUGAUGGUUUCAUUCGAACUUUCAAAUAUGCAAAUGGUACGAUUUCAUUGGAUACAUCGACGUUUUAUGGACGAUGCUUUCUAAAUGUGUAUCAUUUUAAGUUUAAUGGAUGUAAUUACCUCAUAACUAUGGCUACCGAUGGACUAAUUGCGUUUUGGUCAUUAGACAAUUUCAAUGAAAAUUCACAACCAUUUUUCAAUGUACAACACCACGAUAGCGGAAUUAAUUCAUUUGAUAUUUUUAUCGAUUCGAACGAAAUUUGCAUCGCCACCGGAGGAGACGAUCAGGCUAUUGUUAUUUCAGUACUUCAAAUCGAAGCUAAAUCAAACAACGAAAUCAAUAUUUCCGUUUCAAAAACCAUAAAAUUCCCAUUCAAUCACACAGCGCAAGUCAAUGGUGUCAAAUUUUCUGUGGAUCAGAAAUACCUGUAUUCCGUCAGUGUGGACCAAACGAUAAUGAGAGUAGAUUUAAGCGAUUUUUACAUAAGACAAAUUGGGUAUUCGUGCAUUUCAGACGCUAAGGGAUUGCAAAUCGUCGAUUUAGAGCGUGUUUUAGUUUACGGCUGUGGACUGCAAGCUUUGAAAGUGUGAGAUAUUCUAUUGAGAAGGAUGGUCUCAGUUGGAAAGAGAUAGAAAUAAUCUUAAAAAAAUGUUGAAAAAAAGGAAUAAAAAAACAAACAAUAACAUUAGAGUAUAAAAAAGUUGAAUUUUUCAUACACCAAAUAUAAAUCCCCAUCGAACAGCCCUUCAUGACCUGACAGAAAUUAUAAAUUUAUACAAAAAAAAAUAAAACCAUUUAUAAUUUUGCAUAUGAACAAA